AUGAAUAAUUGGGACAAAAGGACUACUACCAGUAUCGUCGGCCCAUCGGUGGCUAACCAGACACCCGAUAAUGUGGACUUGCAGCAGGAGGUUAUGCAGAAAACCCUCGAUGAGGUAGCACAAGAGAAAUUGGACCGUAAUCUGGCUAACCCGUGCGUCAUUUGUCUGGACCCAAUCUCAGAAGCGGCCGUCGCAGUGCCCUGCAGACAUGCGAAUUACGACUUUCAUUGCCUGGCAAGCUGGUUGGAAAAUCGUCGUAUUUGUCCACUGUGCAAGACCGACGUUUCUGCAGUGGAAUAUGAUCUGGAUAGUACCGGCGGCCCGAAAACCUAUCGGUUAGAUGCUCCUUCACAAGACCUUGCUCAACCAGCCCCAACUACCUCCACACCUCCUCGAUCAGGACGGGACAGGAUUAACCGCCGUCCUCGGCAUACUCGGCCACAAUCCCAACGUCGAAGUACACCUUGGUGCGACAAUGAUGCAGUGAGCCGGCGACAACAUGUCUACCGCCACCAGCUCUAUUCCCUGAGAGUCGGGUCAAAUCGCCUCUCGCAGUACCAAGAAUUGACACCGGAGAAGUUCAAGAAUGACGAAGAACUUGUUUCGCGGGCUCGGAGCUGGAUACGGAGGGAACUGCAAGCCUUCGAUUUCCUUCACCCUCCGGAGACAGGCUCGAGCCAGAGUUCAGUGACUCGUCCGGGCGCAGCCAGGCUUGAGAGCCGCCGAGGAAGUAACGCCGAGUUCUUGUUGGAGUACAUCGUUGCGAUUCUUCGUACCGUGGACAUUAAAGGCAGUGCUGGGCAAGCGGAGCUUCUCUUGCAAGACUUUCUUGGCAGAGAUAACGCGUGCUUAUUCCUUCAUGAACUGCAGGCCUGGCUUCGAAGCCCCUAUACCUCGCUAUCGGACUGGGACCGCAAUGUUCAGUAUGAGGAUCCGAGUAGAAGAACGACUUCACAUAGAUCGCGUCAAGAAUCUUGGACGUCCGAUCGUACGUCGACCCCAGUAUACGGAAAUGAUAGUCGCGUUACUCAGGGGAGGGUUUCAAGGCCACAGCCUUCUCGCAGACCCCAACACUGGGGAAGAUCUCGAGAUGCCCUGGUGCAAGCGAGAAGGUUACAGUACGCACGGGACCGUUAUGUCCCUGAUUAA